UUCGGCAAAUAUCACGAAUCUAUUGAAGUCGUCUCCUGACUUUCCCGAUGAUGUGUGGUGUGCAUUGUAAAUUUUGUAGUUUACUUCAUGUUUUGUGUUGGAAUUAACUUUAGUUCGGUGUUUUGUCCGAGACCGGAGUGAGGCAGCGUCCCAGCCACAUUGACGUACAAGAUAUGAAAUAGCAGCAUUCCGGCGACCACGAAACUAAUACGAUUACGUUCGUCUGGGCGAAGGAUGAAGAGUGAAAGAUGAAUUUUGCUUUGAUCGUCUUGGUAAUCUCGACAAUCGCUGGAAUUUACAUAGGGAUUUUGUCGCAAAGACCAGUUUCGAGUUUGUCGGAUUCGAUCAAGUGUCCGUUCUGUUACGGAAUUGAUUUGUGCAAGGACGUGGACGAUAAAAGAAUCACUCUCACGUAUAAGAGCUUCGGGGAUGUUUUUUAUAAUUUAUUCAGUGUGAAAAAUUUGUAUUUCGCCGAGUACGGCGAUAAGAGGGUGGUCUUGAAAAAGUUAGGACACAAAGAGGAAUUAGAUAGAAUUCGUAGAACCCACGUAGCGCAGGAUGACGUCCUAAAUUUUAUGAAAAGCGAUGACGGCGUACGGAGUUUCAGACCGUGCUCUAAAGAAACCGCAAAAACUUUCCUGAACGAAAUGAGUUCUAAUUUUGAUCUGGACCAAAUCUGGACCAUUCUCCAAGUGAACGUGGAGCCUUUAAUCCUGACGCUUCUAUCAAACCAAGCCUGGCCGGUCCCGAAAUUGUACGGAAGGUGUGGCUUUUUAAUAAUUGAACAGUACUGUGGCUUACCGCUCAAUCAUUUUCAAACUUCUCCCUGGCAUGUUCGAGCUUAUUUAGCUUUACAAUUGCUGGAAGCUGCCAUUCAUUUCACGCAUAAACACCACGAUUUCAGGCUGUAUUUGACAGAUAUAUCACCUGAUAACAUCGCAGUCGAUGAUAAUUUCACUUUAUAUUUCGUCGAUUUGGAAAACGUCAUCCUGAAACAAAAGCUCGAAGAUAACAAGAUGAUUCAUUAUAGCGAAUACUUCGCUGAUGAAGACUUCGUUUAUAGCGAAGAGGAAGUUUGUCAAAGCCCAAUAAGCGACCACAAUGUUUAUGCAGUGUGUCGAUUGUUGUUGAGUCGAAGGGCGCCUUGGCCUAUGAUGCGAAAUGGACUUCUCCAUUCACCACCCCCUGGGGUAACGACUUUGCAUAGUGAAUUGUUUAGUUUGGUGGAGGAAUGUGUGGAUUCCAAAGUAAAGUUGAAUCGGUUUUACAUAGCUGAAGAAUUGAUUAGACUGUUGAAAGGAGUAAUUGAAUAAAUUGUUGGAAAUUAA